GUGAUUUCUUUCUUAACAGCCUUGCCAAGCCUACCCGUCCUACCUGGGUUUAGCAACAGGAACGAAGCACUCUAAACUCGACACCUGAAGAUCAAUCAGUGGCUGAUGAUGCACUAAAGGAGUGAUGGAGACCACGGACUGUCCCACUGAGGGCGAUCCUCUGAAGAGAGGUGAGGAUGGCGUGGAGAUGGGAUCAGCGCCGCCGGAAACGGAACUGAAAAAGGGCUGCAAGGAAGUCCUAGGUCUUUCCAAACUCACCCAGUGGAGGACGGCGGUCUUCUUCCUGUCCUUGUUCCUCUGCCUGACUGUGGUCUUUGCCUUCUCCUUCAUCAUCCCCUGUCCCGUCAGACCACAGUAUAUGGCCUCAUGGAACAGGACGUUCUCGGACGCAGAAACCUAUGACUUUUUAGCAUUUGAUGAUGCAAGCAAAGACAAAGUGAUGGACAUCAUGCUUGUUCUCAAGAGCACAUCAGCCAGUACCAACAAUACAUGUGACAAUGCAGGUCUGCCCUCUCCGUGUCUUUUCAUGUUGGCAGUGGAUGGGACAGAUGGAAAGACCCUGUGGGAGCGUCCACUGGAGCCCGACUUCCACUGGGCCCAGUGUGGGCUGGACAAAAACGCCGACAGGAAAUGGGACUGUCUGCUGUCCCAUUCCAAUCAACUGUCAGCUCUGGACAAAUCCAAUGGUGAGAUCAAGUGGCAGCAGCCUCGGACUCCUGGUCUGCACGGCCGCUUGCCUGUGCUCAGUGUGCCAGACCUAAAUGGGGAUAAGGUCAGCGAUGUCGCCUUGGUGGCAACCGAUAACAUGCAGCAGGAUCAGCUGGUGUUCCUCUCGGGGAAGACCGGCGCACAAAUCGGCUCGACGGUGACGCUCAACACCACAGAAACAAGCGGCCACCUUCUCCAUUCCACCGGAGGCGGGGCCCACUAUCUGCUGUUACAACAGGACACCGGCUUGUAUGGACUGGCACUGCGGAACAUCGCGGCCAAAGCACAAGUCGGCAUGGAGGUGGGGCUCAAGAAGGAUAAACAGCUGGAGAGAAAGGUCGCGGUCGGAUCUGGACUGGUACCGGUUUACAUGUCUGACUCGUUGAGGCACGUGGCAAAAACAGGCGACUCAGAUUCGUCCAACCUGCUGGCGGUUACGGGCAGCGAGGUGGCUUUAAUCGAUGGGAAGACAUUACAGCUCCUGUGGCUUUUUAAUACCACGUCAGUCGUCAGGGAGCCGUCCUUUGGACACUUCAACAAAGAUGGCGUACCUGAUGUUGUGCUUGAGGACAUGAGCGGCAACACCAAGACGGUGUUGAUUUUAGACGGCAAGACCGGUGACAUACUGUGGAGCGUGGACCUUCUGGCCAGUCCCGACCUGCCUCGACCCGCUUCUAUAUUCACCACCAACUCCAUUUCCAUCUUUGUCUUCUGGGGGCUGCUGCCCGCCAAGGACAACUCGUCUGUGGGAUUCAGUGGUGACCAUCGUUCAUAUAUGCUGCAUCCUCUGUAUUCCAACCUUCUCCUGGAGUCCGACAAUGUUAUGGAACACAUCGUUACCUUCAAAGCUACGUUGAUGGAGCGAGGGCGCCACGCCGCCUUCGUCCUACUGACAGGUCCUGGGACCGGAGACGCCGCAGGCGCCGUGGGUCUCAACAAAUGGAAGCUCAAGCACGACGUGCCUCAGAGUAAGGUGAUCCCGAUAGGCGAUCCCGACAAGGAGUCCACAACCGACGACAACGACAUAAAAGAGGCCUUUAACAGGCUCAGAUUCAGCGACAAUUGACGUGUCAGCCACUGAGUAAUAAGACAGCAACUUUUUGUUAUUUAAACUCAAGUAUGUCCUCCAUUUAGAAAUAUGUUGUGGCUGAGUAGGUUCUAACCUCCCUGCUGCAAACAAACGUUUGAUUUCAGCUCCAUGCAUCCUACGAGUCCAAAGACCUGCUGUUUCACUCCGCCUGCUGACAAACUCAUCAUGACUUUGCUGUACUUUUACGUCUUGCACUUUCUCACAACAAUGCAAUUGUUUUUUUGGUUUUUGUUUUUUUACUUCCAAAAGCUGGAUUCCUAUGCAGAGCUAUGCAAUUGUUUUAUAGCACUUGGGUCAUUUGCUGUAUAUUUCAUACCAGAACAGCCUUAAAAUCAUGGUUAAAUAUAGGAAUCCACACUACAUUACAUUACAAGUAUUAAGGAAAAAAAUUUAAUUGGGUUAUUUGUUUUGUAUAAGAAUAUACUGAAAAAUGUUGGCCUUUAAGUAGAGCUUGGGUUAAAUAUCCUAUUUGAAUUUGAUUAUGAAUAAAAACGAUUUUAAGACA